CUCUGGGGAUGGUAUAUCUAUAAGAGGUCCUAGAUUGCAGAUAAACCAAGAUCUCUAUAGAUCUCUUAAUAUAUUUUAUUUGACUUGGUCGUCUUGUUUGAAGAUGUGCUCAGCUAAAUUCAAAUUCCAAACAGAGGCACGUAGCGAUUACUUAGUUAGGAAGGUAUAUACGCAAACAGUUUUAUUAAUUUAUUAAUUCGCGUUACUUUGCCUUAUUUUAUGCCUGCAUAACGCUAAUUGUUACUGGCAUUUAUAUCUUGGAACAAAUAGUUCUUAUCUAUCGGUACCGGAGAUGGAAAGAGUGUCGCUAUAUGGCCGUGCCUGCGAUGUCUUGGAUUUGUCUGUGUAUCUCGAUAUCGGGGUGUAUCUCAAUAUCAGGGUCCAUCUUUUAUUACUCUUGGUACCUCCGUGAAAGAUGAGCGAGGAGGGUGAAAGAAGAUGUGGUGUAGAUACGAGGUGAACUAUAUGUUUGUGUCUCUGCGACAUCACUCUUCACCUACUUCACGACCCUGAACUCGUAUUGCUUCCGAGUAGGCAGUAUAGAGUAGAGAAUAUAGUUGUAAUAAUAUAUAUGCAUACGGAUAUAUUGUUUGUCUGAAUAAUAUUUCUUCUCGCGUCAGCUUGUUUGAUUUUUUACUUCGCUUCAUACCGGUCUACGAGGAACUGUCAUCGAGUUGUUGAUAGCUCAAUACCCAAAUAUUUUAUGGCCACACCAACUCCAUACCCUGAGAGUUACAGUAACAAAAUACCUGUAACGCUCCCCUCUGAGCGCAACAAGGUUAGGAAGAGAACAUCCAGAAAUGACUACAGACGCGUAAAUAAGCCAGCAUAUGGGGACGGAUAUUUUGGACGCUUAGGGAAGCGUUACGGUGCGGGUACUGCUCCAGAUAACGAAGGCUAUCCUGAGUGUGAUAAUGUUUCAAAUUCCGUUGUUACCUGCUAUCCAGAUGCAGACACCUCUAUAAGAUCAGGCGACUAUUCAAAACUAAUAUGGAAUCCUAAUUUACCACAAUUGUGGGUUUUUGUUUUAUUAUCCUUCAUUUCUCACACAUCAUAGUACGGAAUCUGGUGAUCUUGACAUUUAUCUUUUCUCAGCGGAUACAGAACAAGUCGUACAAAGCUGGAAGGACGUUCCUAACCAGCGUGGCUCACAGCCCAUCAACCCUGGCGACGACUGGUGGUCUCCUAUCGACGAUGGUUGGGGUCCCUACGAUCCAGAGAACUCUUCUCAGUGGGCAGACACGACGCGUGAUUGGACGUACUAUGCCGUCCUUGUGCCCGCCGGACAGUCACUCAGUGGCGGUGAGGAACAUCAAGCUACUUUCACUGCUGUGCAGACAGCACCACUUCAAAAUCUUGUCGCUUCAAGUUCCAGUUCUAGUAUGUCAUCUGCAUCAAGUCAGAGUAGCAUAUCUAGUCUUAGUACGGCCUCUCUGGCGAGCGCAAGCGCGACCCAGUCUGUAGUGUCUUCAGUAUCUAGCGUAUCCUCGGCUUCAAUGGCAAGUUUAUCAUCAAUUUCACAAUCAAAUAGCGAGUUAUAUUCUUCAAUGACCCGUUCCUCCCAAUCCACACGGUCGGUCUUAUCUACGGCAGCAACUAUGAGCGCGAUAACGACGACAGACUCGAAUGGCGAUAGGGUGACUUCAUCAGUAAGGUCCACACCGACUGGUGUAUUGCAAGAUAAUGGCGACGACGAUAGAUUCCCCGCCUGGGGUAUAGCUGUAAUAGUAGUCCUCGGUGUUCUCGCUUUAUUGGGUAUUGCCGGCGCGAUGUAUUUGCUUGCGAGACAUUUGAGGCGCACUCACGGAGCGGCCGCAGCGGCAGAAGCGGGUGGAGCUGCUGGUGGAGCGAACACACCGACGCAGUCUGAGCCGUUGAUGAAGGAGAAUCAACCAAAUGACGGUUUAUUGGCAGCAGGUGGAGGCGCUGCUGGAGGUGCAGCGGGUGCAGCAGUGGGUGCAGCAGCUCUAGGUGCUCGUUCAGCAUCGAGCGAGAGGUCCUCAGCGGAGAACGACAACGGAGACGGACCGAUUACUUCAAAUGAGGCAGCUGCGAUGGCUGAUGCAUUCAGACAAGCACUACGCUCUCCAGAGUUCGAUAGUGGUUCAAACAGCAAUAAACUGAACAACUCUGAUCCCAACACGACAGAGUCUUCGAACCAGGGCCUGACUGGCAUACAAGAGAAUUCUGUGGCUAGACAGCCAGAGCUCGUCAACGCCUCUGACGGCUCACACUAAAUACAAGAGACACACUAGUGAAUAAUAAUUUAUGUAGCGCUUUGUAAUAUGGACAAUUGGUUUAAUGAAUAAUUGUAUAUGCUAUAUGCUAGCCUCUUGGUUGUUGACUGCCAACUCUUGAUAUGGGAGAUCAAUUUAUCAGUGAUGCCUUUAUAAGGGUGUGUAUAGAGCUAACAAUAGCGUUGUUAUCUAAUCUUCUACAGCAUCUCGGUGUCGCCGAUUCAAAAAUGAUAGAUUACGCAAAAGAUCUUGCGACGUCAGCCAAGUCGUCAGACUCGCUCUUCACGAAGCUCACAGCGCUCGGUUUCCCUCAGAAUGGAGACGUCUCCUCCUUCGCGAGCGAUCUCUACAACGCUGUACCCCGUAGAUCUAAGACCAAGCAUGAUUUCUCGAAGGCUGAUAACAGGGAGGCCAGAAAGAAGAAGGAGAAGGAUACUAUCGAUAUCAAGUCACAAAAAUACGGUCUACUGCUCGAUGACAAUGAAGCGAGCACGUCGACUCUCCCCACUCUCCCUAUGAAGAAGAAGGACAGGAAGACCAAGGAGAAGCGUUCCUAUAGGAAGAGAGACGAUGACGAUGCCUGGAAGAGCGAUGAGGAGGAGAAGUCGAGGAAGAGAGCGCGUGAAAUGUCCCCAGAUAGCGCACCUCCUGGCGCCCGUACUAACGAUGAAGAAAUUGAAGACGAGGAGGAGAAAGAGAGGAGACUGGCCGAAGAGGAUGCAAGAGAGCGUGACGAAUUCGCCGAGCGUAUGAGAGCCAAAGACAAAGACCGCACAAAGAAGUUGGUCGAGGACCGUACAAACGAUUCGGAAACAGCAAUGAGGAGGAAGCUCGCAGACGAUAAGGAGGCACGCAAAAAUGCUGUGCCAGAUUUGCGUAUGCGUUCUCGCCAGGAAUAUCUCACAAAGCGUGAAAUGCAACAGCUCGAGUUGCUCAAGAAGAGUAUCGCGGAUGAGGAGGCAAUGUUCGCCGGUGUAAGGAUGUCCAAAAAGGAGAUUGACGAACUCAAUCGUAAGAAAGCCGCCCUCGCGUUGGCCGAGGAGCGACUCAAAAUCGACGACAAGGUUGAUGGGUAUAUGCUUCCAGAGGAUUAUAUCACCGAACAAGGGAAGAUAGACUCGAAGAAGAAAAACAACGUCCUCUACGCUCGCUACGAAGAGGGCAAGAAGGGUCAAGAUCCUUCCGAGUUCGUCACCGACGUCGACCAGUGGGAGAAAGAACAAACCGAUAAGGCCCAGCUCAAGACCGGCGCACUCGAUAGGGAGGAAGCCGUAGACGAUUAUGACUAUGUCUUUGACGAGUCACAGACUAUCCAGUUUGUCGUCGAUACCCAACUUUCGGGUACCAAGCGCCAGACAACUGAGCAAGCACAGAUGGAAGCACAGAUUAAGGAUGCUGAGAGGAGGGCACAGAGUAUAGAUCAGGUGAGGAAGUCGCUCCCAAUUUACGACUACCGCGACGACAUCCUCAAAGCUGUCGAAGAGCAUCCCGUUCUCAUUGUCUGCGCUGAAACAGGAUCUGGAAAGACAACACAGUUGACACAAUACCUCCAUGAAGCGGGAUAUACCAAAAAUGGAAUGAAGAUUGGCUGUACUCAACCGAGACGUGUGGCUGCUAUGUCGGUCGCUGCGAGAGUCGCUGAGGAAAUGGGCACGAAAGUGGGCUAUGAAGUUGGGUAUUCUAUUAGAUUCGAGGAUAUGACUUCGGACAAGACGGUUGUCAAGUAUCUCACCGAUGGUAUGCUUCUCAGAGAGUUCCUCACGGAGCCGGACCUGGCGAGUUAUUCUGCCCUUAUCAUCGACGAGGCCCACGAACGUACGCUUUCGACUGACAUCUUGUUCGGUUUGGUGAAGGACAUCGCCAGAUUCAGACCCGAUCUGAGAUUACUCAUUUCGUCUGCGACUAUGGACGCCGAGAAGUUUAGUGAAUACUUCGAUGAUGCGCCGGUAUUUUAUGUUCCUGGUCGUCGCUACCCAAUUGAUAUUCACUACACCCCUCAACCAGAAGCCAACUACCUACAUGCAGCCGUUACUACAGUUUUCCAGAUCCAUACUACACAACCACGCGGCGACAUCCUCGUCUUCUUGACAGGACAGGAUGAGAUAGAAGCUGCUGCCGAAAACAUCCAAGAAACGGCCAGAGUAUUGGGUGACCGGAUAGCGGAGCUGCUCGUCUGUCCCAUCUAUGCCAACCUGCCGUCGGAAAUGCAAGCCAAGAUAUUUGAGCCCACACCUGAGGGAGCAAGGAAGGUAGUUUUAGCAACAAACAUCGCUGAAACCUCGAUCACGAUUGAUGGUGUCGUCUUCGUAAUCGAUCCUGGUUUCGUCAAGCAGAAUGCCUUUAAUCCACGUACAGGUAUGAGCAGUCUGAUAGUAACGCCCUGCUCGCGAGCUGCAGCAAAGCAGAGAGCUGGUAGAGCCGGUAGAGUGGGACCUGGAAAGUGCUUCAGAUUGUAUACCAAAUGGGCACAUAACAAUGAGUUAGAUGAGAGCACAGUGCCCGAAAUACAGCGUACUAACCUAGGCAUGGUUGUGCUUAUGCUCAAGAGUUUGGGUAUUAAUGACCUCAUCGGUUUUGAUUUCAUGGAUCCGCCACCGGGUGAGACUAUCAUCAAGGCACUCGAAAUGCUCUACGCACUUGGAGCUCUUAAUAGCAAGGGCGAGCUCACGAAGAUGGGCAGGAGGAUGGCUGAGUUCCCGGUCGACCCUAUGCUUAGUAAGGCCAUCUUAGCGAGCGAAGGCUAUGGAUGUACCGAAGAGGUGCUCAGUAUUAUCGGUAUGCUCUCCGAGUCUGCUUCUCUCUUCUUCCGUCCAAAGGACAAGAAGAUGCAUGCCGAUAAAGCAAGGCAGAACUUCAUCAAGCCCGGCGGAGACCACUUUACGCUACUCAACGUCUGGGAGCAGUGGGCAGAUACUGGUUUCAGCCAGCAAUGGUGUUACGAGAACUACGUCCAGUAUAAGGUGCUCUGCCGCGUGCGGGACAUCAGAGACCAGCUGGCUGGGUUGUGCGAACGGGUCGAGCUCUUUGUCGAGAGCACCCUCAAGGCUGGCGAGAUAAUACCCGUGCAGAAGGCGAUCUUGAGUGGCUACUUCUACAACACCGCUCGACUAGACAAAGGCGGCGGCUCCUACAGGACCUUGAAAACUAACCAGACGGUGCAUAUCCACCCCACGAGUUCAGCAUUCAAUAUGCAGCCACCGCCUCGACACAUCCUCUUCUACGAGCUGGUGCUGACCUCGAAGGAGUACAUGCGGCAGAUAAUGCCGAUACAGUCGAACUGGCUGAUCGAAGUUGCCCCGCACUACUUCACGUCCCAGGACCUCGAGGACCUGAAUAGCAGCAACAGGAAAAUGCCGAAAGCAAUAAAGAAAUAGAGCUGUGAUCUUUGCACGCUAUUUGUAAUGAAUAAAUUAUUCCUUUUGAACUUACAUUUCCAUAAUUUAUAUCUUUAGAUCAAACGACCACAAAUGGCCGACAGAGAGCGUCGAGAAGCGAACGACGAGAGGGCGCAGACGCCGCAGAACGAGCAGAAUGAGCAGAACGAGCAGAACGAGCACUUCGCGGGAUUCAACAGGACGUUCAUCGUCCAGCUCGACGAUUUCGUAGAUGGCAACCAAUCAGCAAACGCUGGCACGGAUCGGGAUAGCGGCGCUGAGCAGCCACCUGAAGGCCCUGAACGUCCCGCCCGUCCAGUCCUCCCCUUCCAGAUCCUCUUAUCGUCGUUCAUGGCUGCAUUACGGGCACGCAACGGCGCUGGGAAUGGCGACAACAACACCGGCGAUUUCGCUGGGAUGGGUGGCCAUAUACAGAUAGAGCGUGGUCCGCUCCUCCCAGAGUUCUACCCUAUGCACCAGCACCACCACAGUGAGGGACAUGCCCACGCACAUCCGCCAACACCCACAAACAAUCCAGCCAACGGUAACGGUGAAAUGGGCGAGCGCAGCAGCCUCCUAGAGAGGAUAGAAGAGCUCAGAAGCAGAAAUCCCUAUGGCGAACAGGGGGCCUUUCCGCCGCCAUUCACUAUCACUAUCAACUUCCCAAUAGCCGGUGGGCUGCAUCACGAGAAGAAGCCCGACCCAGCCCGCGCCGAGCGGAUCCUGAGUGCUCUCCCAAAACUACACAAGGGCGUCACCAGACGCAUGAGCAGGGUCGGCAUAGAGACCACCUGCGGUGUCUGUCUUGACAGCCUCAACGCGAGAGCGGAGCUCCAGAAGCCAGAAACCGAAGAAGGCGAAGCUAGCACCUCGGCCGUGCCCCCAGAAGAGGAAGCCCGGCGCGAGGAAGAGAUCGUCGCUCUGCCGUGCUCGCACGUCUUCCACUCCAACUGCCUCAGGCCGUGGUUUGCGCUGCACACACUCUGUCCAAUGUGCAGAUUCGACCUCGAUCCCGAGUCGAUGACGAUGUCCACGCCCCCUCCGGAGGAGAACAGGAGCGAGGGCGACGGCAACCCCUUCGUCAGCAUCAUCGAGCGUCUCGUUCGCGGCAACAGAGAGCGCGCGGGCAGAACCCAGCAGCAAGAGGCCGAGCAGUCGAACAACGGCGGGAGAGCUGAGAGCGCGUUUUCGGCGAGGCAGAAUAGACACCACCCGUAUGCACGCACGCGGUCGGCGACUGACCCGCGCGGCGAGCGCUCGGAGCGCGCUCUGCGUGGCGUGCGCGCAGACGAGAAUGCCAACAACGCCACCGCCAACACACAUCCAGACACGAGAAGCGCAGAGGAGGAAAUGCCCCGUCCGGCGCCGCCGCCGAAGAAGUUCGAGAUACCAAAGGCCAGCCGUUCGCUCGAGGAUAUCCUAGUCAAGCGCGAAAGGGAAAGCGGCUUCAGGUGCGACAUGAAAGACUGCAAGCUCGGUCCGACAGACGAGUCCGACGCCCUCACAACCGCCAACAUGCUCUCCAUCGGCGGUUCAGAAAAGCCCGCCUGUGCCCACUUCCUGCACUCCCACUGCUAUCACCUCGCGAACAGCGGCUGCCGAUACUACAACCUCGAGCAUACGCACGACGACGGCCGCGUCGACUCUAAAUGCCCGGUGUGCAAAGCAGCCGGGAGGGUACACAAGCACGAGUUGGCAUACUAGUCUCCUCAUUGCCUAUCUGCUGAUCUGCCGACAGCAACUGGAUAACGAAUAAAGUAGAACGAUAACGAUUUUGCAUCUAGCAUCUUUUGUAUAUACACCCACACUCAUAUAACUCUCUCC